AUGGCAGGAAGUAACAGUAGCGGUAACAGCAGUACUAACGACAGUAACAAUACUACUGGAACUUCAAAUACAAAUACAACUACUCAAAAAAAGACUAGAUCAAAAGUAAGCAGAGCCUGUGAAGGUUGUAGAAGAAGGAAAAUUAAAUGCAGUGGUAAUUGGCCUUGUUCAAGUUGUAUCACUUAUGACUGUGAAUGUAUUUUUACCAGUAGCGAUUCAAUAAAUUCAAAGAAAAAAAUUACUUCUUGUUCGUCACUCGAAAUUUUAAAUAAAUCAAAAACUUUAUCAGAGAACAAUAACAAUAAUAACAAUAAUGAUAAUAAUAAUAAUAAUAAUAACAAUAAUAUAAUAAAUAAUACUUCCCAUAAUAUUAACAAUAGAAGUGGAUCUAACAGUUUAGAUGUAUCAAGAAGUGUAAGUGACACUAAUUUAGACUCUCAAUUAAAGAAAAGAAAUUUAGAUGAAUUAAUAAGUUGUGAUAGCAAAGUUAAAAAACCAAAUUCCCAAAGAAUAGCAGAUCAUUCAUUAGGUUUUUUUAAAGUUGUCAAAAGGAAAAAUGUAUGCCAACAUACAGAAUUAAAUAUUCCUGUAGAUGAAUUACCAGAUUUUAAAUUAAAUAAUAACGAUGGUGGUUAUUUCGAAGAUGAUUCCCUAUUACAAAAAAAAUUAAUUAAUUUACAAAAUAUUUUGAAAAAUUUAAAGGAAAUUAAAAACUUGAAUAAUAAUGACUUAAGUACAAAUGACCUAAUUGAAAAUGUAAAUUCGCAAAUUAAUGAGAUUUUAAAUGACUGGACUCCAAAGAUAAAUUAUAAGAAAUUGAAAAACAAUACAAAUUUAAACCCACCGAAAAAGGAUUCUAAUAUUCAUUUACAACAAAGACAGAAUUUAACAUCUUCGGUAGAAACUCACCUAAUGAAAAAUAGAUAUACCAAUAGAGUAAACCUAACAAAGUAUUCGAUUUGGUCAGAUCAAAAGGAAAAUAAAGCAAAUUUAUGCGCUUCUUUCUUAUCCAAACAACCGUUAAUUGAAGAAUUAUUUGGUUUAUAUUCUCCCUUCUUAGGUUUAUCAUUUAGAGGGAUAGGUUCAUUUUACCAACGUGAGAUUAAUAAUAAAUGUGAAGAAUCUACUUUAAUACAGAUGAAGGAAAGUAUAUAUAUACUUUUAAGAUUUUUCGAUUUAUGCAUCGAUCAUAUGACCCAAAGUUGCAUUACAAUCGGUAAUCCGUUAGAAAAUUAUUUAACAAAAUAUAAAUUAUUGUCACCUUCAUCAACAACAAAUACUCCAGCUUCAAGUCCAAUGCAAUUCAAUAAUAAGGAUAGCCUGACUUCAAUUAUAAAACUAUUACCACAGCCAUUUCUUUAUAAUUUGGCAGGAAUAACAACUGAUCAAUUACUAAUGAAUGUAGACAAUUAUUUUUUCAUGUUUUCAUUAAUUUUAAAAAUAUUCCAGACACAUAAACAAAGUUACGAAAUCCUAAUGAUAAGAGCUACCAAUGGCGAGGAUAAAAUUUCAAUGGAUCAAAACCCAAUAAAAGAUAUGGAAAAUUUCUUAUUUUACUCAAAACAAGAGGAGUUAUUAUUAGUACUAUCAUAUAGUUACUAUAACUCAACUUUAUAUCAUUACGAUGAUUUCAAAAGCUUGGAUUAUUUGGAAAUUCUAUUAUCACUUAUAGAUAAACAAUUAUGGCUAGAUGAAUACUAUGCAGUUGAAAAAGUUCUAGAGGUAACAAUAAACUAUGCAAUGAAAAUGGGUUUAUCAAGAUGGGAGUUUUAUGUAGGAUUAAGUGAAAAUGAAGCCGAAAGAAGACGUAGAGAUUGGUGGAGGUUAUACGCAAUUGAAAAACUUGUAUCUAGUGAAAGAGGUAUGCAAUCAUCGAUUGUAAAUUCAAGAUGUAAUUGUUUAUUAAUCAAAGAAUUUAGGGAUGUCGGAUUUAUGGAUAUCAAUGAAUUCUUAGAAAAUGUCCAUUUAUGCAAUGACAAUUCAUAUUUCAAUACUCUACAAAUCAAUGCCUUGUUAGACUAUUUUAAUGUGGCUAGAUCCAUCAUUAUUGCAGACUUUUACGAAAACGUUUUAUAUCAUGAAAGAUACACCUCAAUUAAAAAUAAUGCAAAACCAACCAUGUUUAGAAUAAAAUUGACUACUGAAGUUUUUAAUAAAUUAAAUACAGCUCUAAUGAAGUUAGAUGUUGUACAAAAUCAAGCCAAGAGACUAUUUAAGAUUGCAUUCAAAGAAACAAGCUCUGAUGAAUAUGAUUCAUAUUUAAGAUAUCAAGUUGUUUAUUUCGUUUUUGCGUAUUUUCAGACUAUUUGUAUUAUAUUACAUGCAUCAAGUAACUUAUUAGCAAGAUUAAUAGUAUUACCAGCUCCACAUGAAUUCAAUCUAGAAAUUGAAAAAUUACAUGAUAUUACAUGCUUAGUUUGGUCAAAGAUGAAUAAAUUAUUGACUCUUAUCGAUGAUGAUUAUACCGUUGCCCGUUGCUAUAAAUUAUAUGGUAUUGGUUGUCUAUUGAUGUUUUCAAGAAUAUUUAAAUCUAAGAUUUCAAUGGAUCUUUCGGAUACAGUUAAUAUUUUAAAAAUUGUUAAAAGAUUCCAAAAUAGUUUUAUUUAUAAUGAUCUGAAAAAUAAUGAAGUUAUUGCCAAUAGUAUUACCAAUAGACACUUGAACUUAUCAUCCGCAUUUGUUGCAGUGAUCACUCAUUUAAAUAUUGUUUUGAUUAUGAAGCAACAAAACCUGACAAAACAAAAACUAAUUGAAAAAAUUAAUAAAAUAAGCCCAGAUGUAUCUGAAGUCAUCGAAUCCUUACUGGAUCCAAAAUCUUAUGUAUUUGAAUAUAUUAUGAAGAACAUUAACGAAUCUGGAUUCCAUUUGAAUGUCCGUAGGAUGUUCUCUGAUUUAAAUGAUGUGAGCAAUGGAAGUAAAAAGAAAUUUAAUAAUCCAAGAACAGCACAUUUUCCAAAAAAUUUGGUGGAAUCACAAGAGGCUAUAUUCAGGUCUCAUUCGCCGCAAAAUUCUCAAGGACAAAAUGUCAAUUCAUUAGAUAUGUUAACGUCUGUUUCUGAAAAUGCUAAUAUUAUGAAUUAUAACUCAGGAUAUGUUAAUGCAGCUAAUGAUAAUUCUGUCAUUAAUAUGCCAAGACCGUCACUCCUUCCAAAUAAUUCUGUAUUGCCAUCUAAUGAUCUAUUGAAACAGAAUGGAGUGUUGCCCGAUAAAGUGGCCAUCACUAAAGAUAUUGCCUCUAACCCUUCCAUUCAACAAUUUCCUUUCCUUGUUGAAAACGAUAAUACAGGAAGUUAUAAUUUAGGUACACUUGAUGAAUUUGUUAAUAAUGGUGACCUAAAUGACUUGUACAAUACCCUGUGGAGAGAUUUAUAUUCAGUCGAAUAUAUAUAA